AUGGAGGUAGAGACAGCCGAGAGGUUGGCCGGUCGUGAGGGUCACGUGGGUCACAGGGCAGUGGCUAGGUGGGGCGUGCUCUGGCUCGCCUUGCUCUCCGCGGUAACUCUGCUGCCCCCGGUGGCGUCGGACUGCUGGCUCAUCGAGGGCGAGAAGGGCUACGUCUGGCUGGCCAUCUGCAGCCAGAACCAGCCGCCGUUCGAGGCCAUCCCCGUGCACAUCAACAGUACGAUCAUCGACCUGCGUCUGAAUGAGAAUAAGAUCCGCUCGGUGCACUAUUCGUCUUUGAGCCGCUUCGGAAACCUGACCUACCUGAACCUGACCAAGAACGACAUCAGUUACGUGGAGGACGGGGCUUUCUCUGCCCUCUUCAACCUGCAGGUGCUCCAGAUGGGCUUCAACAAGCUGAGGAACCUGACGGAGGGCAUGCUGCGUGGGCUGGGCAAGCUGCAGUACCUGUACCUGCAGGCCAACCUCAUCGAGACCGUCACCCCCAACACCUUCUGGGAGUGCCCCAACAUCGAGAACAUCGACCUCUCCAUGAACAGGAUCCAGGUUCUGGAUGGCAGCCUGUUCUCAGGGCUCACCAAGCUGACCACAUGUGAGCUCUACACAAACCCGUUCAACUGCUCCUGUGAGCUGCUGAGCUUCCUGCGCUGGCUCUCCCUGUUCCCCAACCGCACCAGUGAGCGUAUGGUGUGUGACACCCCCCGUGGCUUCUCCGGAUACAACCUGCUCAACCAGAACCCCCACAUCCCCAGCCAAGGCAACGCGCUCUACAUGCUGAGCUCCGUGUGCUCGGACGACGGCAGCAGUAUCACGCCCCCGUUUUUGGGGCUGGGGGAAUUGACCACACCUCCCCCAGACUCUGUGUCCCCCUGUGGGCUAGACGACUGCGCCUCAGGGACCCUCCCGGAUGAGACCAACACUAUUGAGAUCAUGAUAUCUGACACCAAACCCAUCAUGACGCUGAAGCAGGUGCUUCACUCCAGCGCAGUGAUCACAGUGCAGAUUCCAUAUCCCUUCAGGAAGAUGUAUAUCCUUGUGCUCUACAACAACAGCUUUUUCACUGACAUCCAGAACCUGGCGAGCCAGAGAGAGGACAUUGAGCUGAAGAACCUGACGCCCAACACUAACUACACUUACUGUGUGGCCUCCAUCCGCAACUCCCUGCGCUUCAACCACACCUGCUUGACCAUCUCCACAGGCCGCAGAGCCCGGGGCGAGCGCAUUGCCAACCAGUCAUCUGCCACCCACUACAUCAUGACCAUCCUGGGAUGCCUCUUUGGCAUGCUACUGUUUCUGGGCUGUGUGGUGCACUGCCUGAGGAAGAGGAGAAUCAUGGAGGAGAAGGAGAGGAAGAUGAGCCGCAUCCAGAGGACUUUGAUCGAACUGAAGUACGGAGGUGAGGGGGGCAUAGAGGCCAGUAGUGGGGGCUCCCAGAAGCUCACCUCUGGGGACAGUCUGUCCAGAAUGCCCUACAUACCUCCAGGUGAGAUUGAUCCUUACAAGCUACAAGAAGUGAUCGAAACCCCAGCACAUAAGCCCACCAAGAUCAAUUACAUGGAGGUGAGAGGUUCUGUGGAGAGGGACAGAGACAGGGAGAGAGAAAGGGAGCGAGAAAGAGAGAGGGAGAGAGAGAGGGAAAGAGAGAGGGAGAGAGAUAUGUCACCUCAGAACAACCCCCAGGGCUCUGUGGCAGAGAUCUCCACCAUCGCCAAGGAAGUGGACAAGGUCAAUCAGAUCAUUAACAACUGCAUCGACGCCCUCAAGUCAGAGUCCACGUCCUUCCAGCAGGGCAUGAAGUCUCCCUCCUCUGCAGGAGGGGGCGCAGUGUCCACAGCUGAGCCUCAGCUUGUUCUCCUGGACCAGGAGGUGGAACGGGGUGGGCGAGAGUUCCUGUCCCCUGUGUAUAAAGGAGGCAGAGCGCGAGAGGAUCGACGUGGGUUCCACCACUCUCUACAGCGCCACCACAGCAUGGAGGCUCCGCCCACCUCCAAACGGCCCAGCACCUCCUCGUCCCCUGGGUCCGCCCGCAGCCCACGCUCCUUCCGCUCCGAGGGGGGGUACCACCCCUCUGAGACCCGUUACAUCGAGAGGAGUUCCCCCGGAGAGAGAGAGCGAGUAGAGCCCAUCCGCACUGCCCCUCCUGCGGCGGCCAUCUUGAGGGCAGAGGCCCAGAGGAUCCGACAGUACAACGAGCACCGGCACUCGUACCCUGGCUCCCAGCAGCACCUGCAGGAGCUCCAGCAACACCCCCAGAUCCUACAGGAGCUGCACCAGCACCCCUCUGCUCGCAACCCCUCCGUCCUGGACCCCAUGACCCUGAGCCGGCAGGCCAAGCAGCGCGAGCUGGCCUACCAUUACCCGAUGUCCCCACAGUACCACAACCUGAGUUACUGCUCCAGCCCCGAGGAGGAUGAGGAGGAUGAGGGGCUCCUGUGCACCCCCACCCUGGGGCUGUGGGAGCGUUUCAAGCUGCACCGUAAGAGGCACCGGCAGGCCUCCCUGGAGGACGAGGGCUAUGUGGCUGCGGGACACGCCCUCAGACAGAAGGUCCAGUUCGCCAAGGACGAAGAUCUGCAUGAUAUCCUGGACUACUGGAAAGGAGUGUCUGCUCAGCAGAAGGCCUGA